CUCGUCUCGCAGAAUACAUAGUGCAACGUCAAGUAUAAUCAUACCCAAUACUAUAAUGGCGACAGCAGCGCGACGAUAACAAAAGUAACGUCACAUAUGCUUGUGUCCAUCCGUAAAUAAUAGAAUCUGUAAUUAUUCGUGACCACUGCGUUUUUAUAGGCGAUUGCGAGCGGCUGGCGAUAGACGACCAAGCUAGGCAGUAAACGGAAUCUUGUGUUCCAAGCUACCCACCCAUAUUACCACAGCACGAAACACUGCACACUAUCCUCAACCAGUUGUCUUCUAUUUGACCCCAUUCCUUAUCUGCCGACCACGCGUCACAAGCACCGAUCGUCCUCGUGCACCUGGGUAGUCAAAGUGAAUUUACUCAGCCACUGCAAACGGGAAAACGCCGAGAGUGAUGGGUGCCGGAUGUUGUAAACCAGAGGCCAUCGACUUUGAAGGUGAAGUCAACCUCUUCCACUUUUAUUUGCUACGGAGCGUUGGAAAGGGGGCUUUUGGAAAGGUUCGUGUUGUUCAACAUAAGCAUACAAAGACUUUGUUUGCCCUCAAGUAUAUCAAUAAACAAAAAUGUGUCAAGAUGAGGGCAGUAGCCAACAUCGUCCAAGAGCGGCGGCUUCUUGAAGAGAUUGACCAUCCGUUCGUCGUAAAUCUGCGGUAUGCGUUUCAAGAUGAUGAGAACUGUUUCUUUGUCCUUGAUCUUAUGUUGGGAGGAGAUUUACGCUUCCAUCUUGAUCGUGCUGGUGCGAUGAGUGAAGAGAUUGUGCGAUUCUAUGUGGCCGAGAUCGCUUUGGCCAUUGACUAUCUACAUUCAAAGCGGAUUGUGCAUAGGGACUUAAAACCAGAUAACAUUCUAUUAGAUGAGAAGGGCCAUGCUCAUAUAACUGACUUCAAUAUCGCUGUCCAUUUUUCAGAUCGAAGGCUUUUAACGGGAGUGGCAGGAAGCAUGGCAUAUAUGGCUCCGGAGGUCUUGACAAAACGUGGGUAUUCUGCCCCAGUAGAUUUUUGGUCAUUAGGGAUACUUGCGUAUGAGCUCCUAUUCGGUAAACGUCCUUUCCGGGGCCGAACAAAUAGUGGUUUGACCAAUUCGAUCCUCAACGAACCUCUCAGUUGGCCCGAAGACGCCCCCGGCAGAUGUUCUUCUGAUGGAAUGCACGCUAUUCGUGGCUUUUUAGAGCGAGAUCCCAAUAAACGAUUAGGAUAUAGGCCAGGGGGAGGUGGUAUGGACGAUAUUAAAAAUCAUCCGUGGUUUCGGAAUAUUAAUUGGGAACAGCUAUACGAUAAAGAUGUUGUGCCACCAUUUGAACCAGACUCGAAGCGUGCCAAUUUUGAUGCCACACAUGAGCUGGAGGAGCUGUUGUUGGAGGAGAAUCCGCUCAAGGCGAGGAAACGAAAGGAAGGUCAAGACAUUGCGUUGUUAUCGCCAGAGAUGCGCAUGAUGGAGCAGCAUUUCAAAGUGUUUGAUUACACGAAAGCGCAGCGACGCUCAUAUUAUAUCCCGAACCCCUCACAAGACAGUACCCUUUCUGCUGCAGCUGCCAUAUCCUCGUCAAAUGCCAUUCGUCAAUCACCACAAAUCGACAUAACGCGUCCAGAGACCCCCAGUGACCAAACUGGCGUGAUCAGCAAAACCGGAAUGGAUGUUGAAGCUCAGAUACUGGAUGGGGGAGGAAUGGCGAACAUGGGAGGCAGAGGCGGUUGGAGAUCAUCAGAUUUGCUGGAACGGGGACAUACUGUGUCGGAUAUUCGACCCACAUCAACAAAGCUAUUGACGACUUCACAGCACUCUUCAUCCGAACCAUCUCCGACUCUAGAAGAACAUGUGGUUGACAGGUACGGAGAGAACGCCUUUUGAGACAUGUCUUUUGGGGCCCCUCUGUGUUUACAGCAAUGAUCUAUGUCUAAGGGCAUAUUUCCUCGUCGUCAGCUAUCGUUGAGGCCCUCACAUCCCAUUGCACCCCUUCUCGUCCACGGUGCCGGGUUUCGUUUUUAGAUUUCAAUAAUUUUGUAGAUACUUGAUAUUAUAGUUGUUGCGAUGAUGGGUUAAUGGGUUGCGUUUGGCAGCAUUUUGGAGGUCACCAAUCCAUCAGCCGC